GUAAAGUAGAAGAUAAAACCUAAGUGGAGCUACUUCUUUGGCUAUUGCUCUUUGACAACUACUGGAAUUAAUCAAAGAGAUAGUGAUGGCUUUGUUACUACAAAUAUCACUGCUACUGUUGGCAAGUAUAACUGGAGCAGUGUUGAGAAGAGACAGGUAUGGACGACUGGGUACAUUGACCAUCACUGAUGACAAACCUCUACCUCCAGACCAAUGGUUCACUCAGCUAUUGGACCACUCUGACCCAACCAACAACAACACCUGGCAGCAGAGAUACCAGUCUUUGUCAGACUACUAUGUGACUGGAGGCCCAGUGUUUAUUAUGCUGGGAGGAGAGGGGGAAGCAACUCCCGUGUGGCUUGUAAAGGGCAACUGGGUGAACUAUGCCAAGAAGUACAAGGCCUUGAUGUUUCAAUUGGAACAUAGGUUCUAUGGGAAGAGCCAUCCUACGAGUGACCUGAGUGUGGCUAACCUGCGCUACCUGACCAGUGAGCAGGCGUUGGCAGAUGCUGCCUACUUCAUACAGGAGAUUACUGUUCAGUAUAGCCUUCCCACAGGCACCAGGUGGAUAGUGUUUGGUGGCUCCUACUCUGGCAACCUGGCUGCGUGGCUUAGAUACAAGUAUCCUCAUCUGGUACACGGUGCAAUGUCUGCUAGUGGACCUGUCCUGGCCAAGACUGACUUUACUGAAUACAUGGAUGUCGUCACACAAUCACUCUCUACCUAUGGAGAAAAUUGUCCAAAAGCAAUUAAAAGCGCUAAUCGUCUUAUAAACAAAAACUUGAAAAAUAAAAAAGGCAAAAAAACAAUUUUCAAGCAGUUCAGGUUGUGUGACACAAUAAAUGUUACGAACCAGUUUGACAUAUACAGUUUGUUGGAGGCCAUGGCUGACAACAUUGCAGGGAUUGUGCAGUACAACAAAGACAAUAGAGCGUUCAGGUCAUCUACUUGGAACAUCACCAUUGACACUGUCUGUGACAUCAUGGUUAACCAGAGUCUGGGCAACACUCAGGCCAGAUAUGCUGCUGUGAACACAUUGUUGCUAGAUGCUUAUGAAGAGAAUUGUUUAGACUAUAAGUAUAACAACUACAUACAAGAGUUAAAAAACAUUUCUUGGGGCGGUAUAGGUGGCUACUAUGGAGCUCGCCAGUGGACCUACCAAACAUGCACAGAGUUUGGCUACUAUCAAACUUCAGAAAAUAAAACUGAUUUGUUUGGAAACGACUUUCCCCUAAACUUUUUCAUCCAGCAAUGUACUGACAUUUUUGGCAAAAGUUUCACCAAGGACGUAGUGGAUGCUGGGGUGUACCGCACCAACACUAUAUAUGGAGGUUUGGACCUGUCAGCGACCAAUGUUGUGUAUGUCCACGGCUCAAUAGACCCUUGGCAUGCUCUCGGCAUCACCAGUGCCAGGGACAACCAAACUACUGCACUCCUCAUCAAUGGAACAGCUCACUGUGCUAACAUGUAUCCUCCUGCGAAGACGGACUUACCCGCACUAAAAGCUGCCAGAAAAGAAGUAGGAGUUCUAAUAGGAAAGUGGAUUGAGCAGGAAUAAAAUAACUUUAAACGGGGCGGACCUUGUCCUGUUGCACGUCAGCCACUGAUGGGCUUUUUGCGCUCCCCACAUGGUACUUCAGAGUCUGUCAGACCUGAGUUGCUUAAUGAGCUCCAGCAUCCUGUCUAUGAGCUCCUCCUGAGGAAGGUGUCUGCCCCUUGUCAUUGCACCAAGAGUACUGUCCCUUACCUCAUUCAGAGCUGUGCAGUCGUAGAGUAGGUGAUCAGCAGUCUCCUCUGAUUGCCCACAUUUCCUAGAGUGUCACCAUUGUGGAUCCUCAAGCGAUGCAGGUGCAAUUUCAGGAAGCCAUGUCCAGUGACCAAUCCUGUGAUCUGUCUGAGUUGCCUCCUGUCUAAACGUAGAGCAUUGGAGGCGACCGUCUGGGAAGGGGAGAAGAGGGUGAGCUUACUUACCCUAUGGUGCUGAAGCCUAACCCAUCUUUUCCACUACACUACCUAGGGCCAAAAUGGUUUUGCAGCUCUCGAUCUUUUUAAGUUCUCGACUU